AUGGACAGUGUUGCCACAUCUACUUUGAGAGUUAUUUGUUGAAUUGAACAUGAUGAUAUUUCAUCAUUGAAGGAAUAUAACGAAAUUUUGUAUAUUUGAUUUAGACUAGAGUUUUUUAUUUUUUAUUCCAAGUUAACAUUUCAUGCGGAAUGCGUGCUUAUUGGGUUUAAAUUAAUUAAAGAUUACAACGAAAUAUGCAAUACACUUCUUAUGAUUCUUGAAAAUAAUCGAUAUUUCUCAAAUUUACAUGGCAAGUAUGGCAGAAAGAAGCACACCGCAUCUGUAAAGAAAAAAGUAAUAUUUCCUGUGAAAUGCGCGCGUAUUGGGUUUAAAUUAAAGAUUACAGCGCCAACGGCGGAAUACGCAAUUCACUUCCAACGAUUCUCGAACUCGAAAUCGAUAUUUUAUGAUCGAUUUUUAACCGGGAAGUGGCGAAGCAUACCUCAUCUGGGUUUCCAGAUAGUGCACCAUUCACUCAUAGGACAGAACAGGCCUGGACAACCACCUGUUCGCACUUACGGGUGUGGAGGAGACCAAUUCAACCAUUUUCUCCGUACCGAACCUGAACCGGGUGAUGCUUCUGCUUCUCAUACUCUUUUCAGCAAUGUACACUUUUCUCUAAAAAUGUUUUAUAUUAAACCUCCGACAGGAAAAAUAUCAUUUCAUAUUAUAGAAAAGUGCGUUCUUGAUAGGUUAGAAUAUAUGCAACUACUGUACGAAAGUAAACCUCAUGAAUUUAAUGGUGAUUUGGAAUAUUUAUUAGAAAAUUCAGUAUAUGACAAAAUUGGACAUUUUAUAUUAAGGUUAUUAGCAUCUAUAUCUCAAGAGCUAUUUAAUUAUUGGAUUGUCAGAGAAACAUUGUUAUUCCAAACUAGGCUGAAUUAUAUUUUACCAAGACAAUUGUAUAGAUUAUUUAAAAGUAUUUUACAUCAAUCAGAAGAACUUAAAGAUAAAAAAGGACUGAUUAACAAAACAUUAAUCGAUAUAUGUAGUUUUUUUUCAAAACCACUUGUCUUUAAACAUAUUGUAUCAAAAAAUCAUACAAAAAAUUGUAAUUUUCUUAAAACUAAAGUGAGAUACGAGAUAGUACCAGAUUUAAUAAAGAAAAGAGAAUUAGACUUGAAUGCAGGAUAUGCUAUUGUAUAUUGUUCCAAAUUAAAAGAAGUAUUAAAAUCAUUGUUUUAUACUCAUAUAAGUAAAGAAGUAAUAUGCAUGAAAUCAAAAGCACAACAUACUAUAAAUCAGGAUAUUAGACUUGAUUACCUAUAUUAUAAAAUUCGUUCUAAAGUAUUUCGAGGAAAUCAAACAUCUAUUAAACAAGGGUAUAUAACUAAAGAAAAUAUAGACAUCGAAGUAAAAAAUUUUCCACUUUGUAUGCAGCAUCUGCAUAUAAGACUAAGGAGAGUACAUAGACUUAGUCAUUAUGCUCGUUUUUAUUAUAGUUUGUUUUUAAAAGAUGGUGGAAUGCAACUAGAGGAUGCUAUAAAUUAUUGGAAAGAAGAAUAUUCUAAACCUCAUUCCUGUUCUUCUCAUUGUUCACAUAAUUGGGAAGCAAAUGAACGAAAAUUUAUGUACAGUAUUCGACACUUUUAUGGCUUAGAAGGGUCCCGAAAAAAUUAUAAAUCUCCUGCUUGUGAAUUGAUGUGUAUGAGUUCAUCAAGUCCUAUGUAUGAAGGAGGAUGUCCAUUUAAAAGUUUUGACAUAAACACACUAAAACAUCUCUUAUCUUUAUCAUUAUCAAAUGAUCAUGUAACAAACUUAUUGAAAACUCUAUCUCCUCAAAUUCCUCAGACGUCUUGUGCUAAAUUUUUUAAAAUACUAAAUCAAGAUAGCAAUGACAUCGUUAUUAAUAGUCCUUUACAAUAUUACUUAGCAAUGAUUAAUUAA